AUGGGAGAGACUGUAGUGACAGAUACUCUUCUUCUCUUCCCUUUCUCUGUCAAUGCAAUCUUUUCUGGGUAUAACACUGCUUUUUUUUUUUUUUUGUUUGGCAGGAAGAAAUCAAGUUCAACAGUGCCGAAGGCAAAGAAAGCAAAAACUGACAAGAAGUCUAAGGAUCCAAAUGCCCCCAAGCGCCCACAAACUGCCUUCUUUCUCUUCAUGGAUGACUUUAGGAAGACUUAUAAAGAAGAAAAUCCCGAUUCGAAGGGUGGUAAAGAGGUAGCAAAGGAGGGUGGUGAGAAGUGGAAAUCUCUAGACAGAAAGAGAGAAAAAUAUUCCUAG